AUGAUUUCGAUCCUUUUCCAAACAACAUUUUCUUUAUCUCAUAAACUAACAUCAGAAAAUUAUACAUCUAUUGUUCAUAACGAAGGUCAUAUACCUGUUUUCUUGAAAGCUUGGGCAUCUUGGUGUCCACAUUGUAAAGAAUUGGCUCCAAUAUGGGAUGAACUUUCCAACAACACAGCAUUUGAAAACAGAGUUAUCUUUGCUGAUAUAGAAUGCGAAUCAAACAGAAAAUUAUGUCAAACACUUUCUGGAGAGAAUUUUCCAAGAUUAUAUUGGAUAGACCAAAAUACAGACAAUUCGUUAUUUAAAUAUGAGGGCCCUAGGAACUUAGCUGACUUAGUUUCAUUUGUUACAAAACAAUUAAAUUUCCCGUUAUUACCUGCCAACGAAAAUGAACUCGAUGAUAUUGUUGCUAAAGCAAACAGAUCAACAACAUUCGUUUUUACUAUUGAUCCUAAUGAUGAUGUGUCUAUUGGAGUCGCAAAACAAUCGGUUUUGCCAGAAAGAAAUUCAUCAUCAAGUUUCAUUAUAAUGGACGGCCCAUCAGGCAGUAAACCACGUCUUACAUGCUAUUCUGGAUCUAAAAACGUCACAUUUGAUUACAAAGGCCAAUGGCUUGCUGACAGAAUUAAUCAUUUCAUUGCUCUUAAGACAAUACGAUUCCUUAGAUACUUCGAUGGUUACGUACUUAGAUACUCUAACAACAGAGCAAUCCGUGUCUUCACAGUCGUUACAAAUUCAUCUCAAGAUGAAAUCCCCGAUUCAGCUCGCGAACAGGCUGUACAAGCAUCAAAUAUGUUCAUUGUUGCUAGAGAAGAUUGUUACGGUGGCUCUUGGUUUUGCAGAUAUACCGAUAUUCAUCCAGUUCCUGGCAAACCAACAUUUGUCAUCUACUCAGGCUUCGAAAAACUAUUUUGGACAUAUAAUGAAUCAGAAAUUUUCUAUGAUUGGCUUGUUGAUGUAAAUUCAGAUAAAAUAAAAGGAAAUGGACCUGGAACUGGCUGGCUUAACUUGAUCAAGAAGCCAUUUUAUGAUGCUAAGAUUGAUGGAAGAGCACCACCAUACCUAGUUUUUGUUGUUCCAAUUGUAUUUGUCAUCCUUAUUGUUAUUAUCUUUUGCGACAUCACUGGAUUGAACGAUGCUGCAAAAACAAAAACAGAAUAA